UACAAAAGGGUGUUAAUAGAAAAAUCUCAGAGAAGCAGCAAUAUCUCCGAGGAGCACAAACUGCAACUAGAGAAAAACGUAUCCUAGAUUCCCAGUUAUACAGGAAAGCUACGAAAACAGAGGGGCGGGGUGGAGAUAAUGUGGAUACUGGCAACGUUGAUAGCAGUGCUGGUGUGCCUUUUGAUCGUGCGUUUUCUAAAACAACUCUGGUCACACAAGAACUAUCCUCCAGGGCCUCUUCAGUUUCCUCUCAUUGGAAGCAUUUGGCGGAUAUUACCGAACUUUUCUCAGGAUAUUUUCAUUAAGCUGGCAAAGGAGUAUGGAAACAUUUACACCAUAUGGGUGGGGCCUCUGCUUGUGGUGGUAUUUUCUGGAUUUGAAGCAGUCAAAGAAAGUAUGGUCAAACAUUCUGAAUAUUUUGAAGAGCGACCAGUGACUCCUUUUUUUGAAGCUAUAGCAAAAGAAAAGGGUAUUGUUCUUUCAAAUGGUCACACCUGGAAGCAACAGAGGAAGUUUGGACUAGUUACUCUGCGGAAGCUGGGACUGGGGAAGAAAGGCAUCGAGCACAAAAUAGAGGAGGAGGCCCAUCAGCUUGCUGAGAUUUUUGCACGUGCAAAGGGGCAGCCUCUUGACCCUUCAUCACCCAUUAUUAAUUCUGUCACCAAUGUGAUCUGUUCUCUGACUUUUGGUCAUCGAUUUUCUCUCGAAGAUGAAGAAUUCAUCAAGUUGAGAGAUGCCUUACAGGAUAUCGUACAAUUUACUGUGACCUUCUUUCAUUUCCUGUAUGACACUCUUCCCUGGCUCAUGAAACAUCUCCCAGGGCCUCACAAGAAGGUAUUUGCCUCCUGUGACUUUAUAAGUUCCUUUGCAAGGAAGGAGAUAGAAAAGCAUAAAGCGCAUCGGUCACUGGUUGAGCCCCAGGAUUUCAUUGAUUACUACCUACUUCAGAUAGAGAAAAGCAAGAAAGAUCCCAACUCCACCUACAAUGAAGAGAACUUGUCCCAGUGCAUUUUUGACUUAUUUGCUGCCGGAACAGAAACAACUGCCAACACACUUCUCUGGGCACUAGUCCUCAUGGCGAAUCAUCCAGAUAUCCAAGAAAAAGUCCAGAAGGAGAUAGAUGACGUUUUGGGUUCUUCUCAGUCAUUCUCCUUUCAAGAUUGGAAGAAACUGCCCUACACCAGGGCUGUGAUUCAUGAGAUCCAGCGUUUCAAAUAUAUCCUGCUGUUUGGGGUCCCUCGCCAAUGUACAAAGGAUGUGAACAUUAUGGGGUUUCUCAUCCCUAAGGGGGCAAUAGUUUUUCCAGAUUUCUGCUCUGUUCUUUUUGAACCGAAGCACUGGGAAACUCCUCAAGAGUUCAAUCCAAAUAAUUUUUUGGACAAGGAGGGCAAGUUUGUGGAGAAAGAAGAAUUCCUUCCAUUUGGAGCAGGGGGCCGGGCAUGUCUUGGGGAGCAGCUGGCAAAAAUCGAGCUCUUCAUCUUCUUCACCAACCUGUUGAGGACAUUCACCUUUCAGCCACCAGAAGGAGUGAAAAAAAUCAGUGAAGACCCUGUAGUACGAUUGGUCAUCCCUUCCCAGCCUUUUAAGAUCUGUGCUGUUCCCCGCAGCAACGAGUCAUAAGCCACAACAUAUUUAGAGAAGCUUAUUUGUUACUAUGCAUUUCUUUCUAUUUCAUUGAAAGAUCAUGUACCAUUCUGCUUCAGGUAGAUAGCCGUGUUAGUCUGCAGUAGAACACUAGGAUCUUGGCCCAGUGGUAUCAUAGGGCCAAGCUACACAUGACGAAUGACACUUGAACGGCAAGUGGAUUGAGUGGAGGGCAAGUGAACAGGGAGAAAUACACUUGCUGUUCAAGUGUCAUUCGUCAUGUGUAGCUUCGCCCUUAGAGACCAGCACAUUUUUCAGGAUAUCUUUUGAAAGUCAGAGCUCUCCUCUUCAGAUACUCGAGACCUUAUUAUUCUUCUGAUCCUUAUGAAGCCCAUUCAUAUUGUCCUUUAGUUUCCCCAUUUGGUUAGAGCUGUUUAGAGAAGGAAUUCAGACAGAUCUCUACUGUUGACCUACUGUUGCUCAUCGCUUGCUUAUUAUCACCUAAUAUAUGCAAUAUAACUUGCUGAUUCUUCAGAAAAGCUCAAUACAGAAUGCUUGCCGUGUACAAAACUGAAAGGUGCUUCUUGUAUCUAUGCGCCUUUGAAAGACAAAAUGGUUUCCUCUUCACUGAAUAAACUCUGUGGUUACCUUUA